GAUAGACAACAAGGUCUCAAUACACUGAUUUAGGUCCCCUGUAUCUUGUUUAAAGGCCUGGAGCUAUGGAAGAAAGAUCUCACAUGAUCCCUGCAUAUGACUUGUAGAUAACAUUUAAAGAGAAUUUUGACUCUUUUGCCUCCUCUUAGCUCCUUUGCUACAUGAGGUAACAACCACCCUAUCGAUUUUUUCCCUCUUCUAUUUUUGCUGUAUUUGCUCUGCAGGUCACAGAAAUAUCUUAAUGGCUACAACAUUUACAAAAGAGUGAGGAUGGAUUUCUGGUACAAACUUUGCUGUUGCUGUUGCCAUAGAGAAGAAGAGUUAGAGAAAAAUCCGUUGAUCAUUAGUGAAGUGCUCCAGUGCUUCAACAAGCUGCAGAAGCGCCGGAGAUCAGAAGCAGCCAACCUGUGGAACGAGCCUGUGGACAGCACCCACAUGGAGCGGGACGACGAUCGUGAGCUCUACAUGCUGCUGCAGAAGAGGUCGAAAGUGCGCCGGGGAUCCGAGGACUACCGACGUUUGAGCUUUGACAUAAUUGCCCAUCGGCAGAUUCGCCGCAAGAUGAAGGACCAUUGGAAGCAAGUGCUUGACAUCUUAGGGUUCAAAGCAGAAGCUGAAGAGCUCCUCACAGUCACCUCGAGCACUUCAUAUGAAUCCCUUCGCAACCCUGCAGAGGCUCGUACACUCCUCGAUGCCCUAGCUGAGCAGACAACUAUUUUUGGCCGUCACUGUGGUGGCCCACCGGAGAGAUAUCUCUUUGUCCUUGACAGGCUUCUUCUCCUAGAUGUAGGAGAUGACUUCCUUGCAGCUGCUCGUCACUUUUACCCUGCGGAGGAAGAAGAGGCCGUCACAUCUUCCAGUGAUGGAGGACCUACCAUUCCAGGUCCAGUCUUAGUCAAACUGAGCAGCAAAGCUGAGGAAGAAGCCAAGGAGGAUGAGUUAGAUGUGGAAGAGACAGAGGAGGAUGGAGAAGCUGAGGAAGGCACUGUGGAAUAAGACCAACACAGCUCUUGAGCAGAAGAACAAAACAGUUGUGUAUGCAGAGCACAGAUAGACUAGAAGCCACAUCUGGGUUAUGGCUUCACUACUUUCAUAUGGUCCUGUUGAAAACCCUACUUGACCCAGAAAAAUCACCUCCUCCACCUGUACUUUCCUGUGUACCCAUUUAUCUUUUGUUAUUAUACCUUUUUUUAAAAAUGACAUCAUGUGUACUAGAAACAGCAUAAUUUCUCACUCUGCUAAAUCUACAGGCUCUCUUCUCACCUCAGUUGAUAAAACAGGAGUUGGUGAACAUUUAGGAGCAAAACCAGGAUCAAAAAUGUUCACUAUGACCUGAAAUUCAGGGUUUCUGUGCUGCCCCUUGGUGCCUUUGGACUGACACUUAAUUUUAUGAUUUGUCCCACAAGCAUGGGGUAUGGUGAACCGGUAGGCUAUUUUUCAGGUCUUCAUUAUUUGUGUAUUUCUUUUCUGCACAUGGCAGGGCUUGAGGCUAAGGAAAUAUCCAAGUCCCCAAGAGACUGCUUCUGUUGUCACCUGUCACGAGAUACAUGGUGAGCCCCCAGCAAUGCUGCGUAUAGGAGACGGGCAUUGUGACUUCCGCCUAGAGCUGGAAACCAGACACGGACAUGGAUGCACUUGCCCAGCAAGGUCUAACUUUGUUUAGUGCUUUGAAUCCCCGGCCUCUGUAAACAUCACAUCUCUGAUUAUGAUUUGCAUUUCUAUACCACUCAUACCCAAAGCUCUCUGGGUGUUUCACAACAUUAAGUCACCCAUCCAGAUUUCAACCAGACCCAGCCUGGGGAGCAGAGGCUAUGACAUGUAACUACAGGUUGUUGACUCAACUAUUUGUAGCCUUUAUAUGACUAAAUCACAUCCACUAUUAGAUGGUGUAGAAGAGAAGCAAUGAGAAACCAUGACAGACUGUACAGACCAGCGAUUGCCUGCACUGUAUGGGAUUAUCCAGUUCAGAAUGGACUUUUAACCAACUGCUGCAUUUGUCCAUUAAUUUAUAACUAUAAGUAGGGCACAGCAAAAAAUCAUAUACAGGAAGUCCCCUACAUACGAACCUUCAAGUUGCAAACUUUCAAUGAUGGGAGCAUGCUUUUGUGUACGUUACUGUAAUAAUUGAGAAAGGCGAGUCCAGCAAAGCAUAACACAGGUUGAACCAACCUAAUGGUAACACCAUAUGAGAAAGAACCCAUCAGAUGAACCACACAGGUGCACUUCUGCACUGACACAUACCCAGAAGUAUAACUUCCAGAAGUCCCAGAAUGUCAAUGGAAUAACUUCCCAGAAGUUCCAGAAUGUCAAUGGAAUAACUUCCCAGAAGUUCCAGAAUGUCAGUGGAAGUCCUCCAGUGUCAUUAUAAACCUAUUACAGUCCAGUACUAUAUAGCCGAUUGUGUUAGUUGGGUACCUAGGCUAACUUUGUUGGACUUAUGGACAAAUUGGACUUAACGAACACUCUCUCGGAAUAGAACUCAUUCGUUUGUGGGGACUUUCUGUAGCAAUAAUUUGUCCAUUUUGCAGAAUUGGCCUUGACUAUGGUAAAUACCAGAUAUAAGGUCUAACAUCAGUCAGACUUUUUAUUCAUAAUGAAAAAGACAAUUUAAUACAAACUGGAUCAUUCUUUCAGCAAAAUCAUGAGUCUUAAGGGCGAUUGGCCAGAAUGGCCAAUAACUUCUGCAGAUUUCUCAUGGGGAUAGUGCUGAGACUUUUCUCUAUGAACACUCAGCAGAUACAAGCCAGAUCUUCACUCACUGUCCAAUGUAGUCACCUCAUCAUCCUGUAUAAAGUGCUAAAGGGUCAUUCAGCCAUGCUACUACUGGGUUGCAACUGGGCAAGAAAGUGCUACCAGAAUGGCCAUCAGUGUGGUGCAGUCCAGGAGGUCAGUCAAGGCCAUGUUGCAUAUGUCAAGCACAACUCAUACCAAUUCACCUCCAAAGCUCUCAAUUUGCUAAGUUCCUGAAUGGAACCAAGAUAGGCAUAGUAUUCUUCACUCUCAUCCAUCAGAGAUGGAUGUUGUUUCAACAAACUGUGAGCAGGUUGCUGUUCAUCGCUGAAACAAGUCCUCACUGAGGUAAUAGCCUGAAUGCCUGAUCCUGCCUAAUCUUGGAAGCUAAGCGGGGUUGGGCCUGGCUGCAAUCUGGAUAAGUGACUGAAAUGUUGUGAACUGCCCGGAAAGCCUUGGCUACGUAGUAGUAGUGGUGCUAAUAUGAAUUCAUGGAGGAAGUAUAACUGGAUCUCUGGUAGAACACUUUGGAGGAUAGGUUGGGAAGAUACAGACAGUUUUUCUGUUGCAUGGUUUGCCCAGGACAGCCUUACCUUCUAUAUCCACAUCAUCUGCCAGUUUCUUGAACUUGUCUACGAUGGUACUAAGGUCUCCUCACCUUCUUCUCUGUGUUGUUCCAGCAUUCGCAGAGAGUCUUAUACAUGUACUUUCCUUGCCAUUACACAAAGUUCACAGGGUUGCACUGAAGAAUAUUUGCUUAGGAUCACAAGACAAGCAGUAAAAGUUGACAUCUGUGAUGUACACAAGACCCGGUACAAAAGGCUUCUUGUUUUGGUAUUGCUCGAUCCUGCUAGUUACAUGUGUUGUGAGUCAAUGCUGGUUUAAUUUUCUACAUGGUUUCUCUUGCAUUUUUGAGUUUACCAUGUUUCAUCCAUACGUGUCGAUAUUAAAUGCCGCCUUUCAAUGCUUGCAUUAUUCAGAUCACUUACACUGAGAUUAUAUCUAUGAGAUAAAAAGUGGAAAAUGAUACCGGAGGGUGAAUUGCCUGUUCUAUGCAUGAACCCUACUUUCUUCUCCUGCCAUGGUUUAGCAACCAUUGUGCUCUUGUCCUGAUUGAGAUUGAAUCCAAAAUCAGAACUAGCAGAUAACAUUGUAUUAGUCAUGCCCACUCCCAAAGCAUUCCUCGUGUACAGAUGCAUCCUACCACUUUCUUCCACAAAUCUGACACCUAGAUAAUUGUUCUGUGCCACAAAUAUCUUUUGUGAAAACUGAGAAUCUCAUGGAAGCAUUUUCCUUGGCAAUAAGAGCUUCCCUCAAAACUUAGCCACACCAAUUUAUUAACUCAUUCUGCAUUCCAGUUUCCAUUUAUAUUUUAAAAAAAUCAUCUUCUGCUCAAAACAGUAAAAGUCUUCUAUGUUACCUGUGGUACCCCAAAGAGUAAGGCUUGUGGCCCUCAAUAAACAAUGGUUGAUAGAACAGAGUACAGCUUCCGUUCAUUUUCUUACAUAGUUCUUUAUUGAUGCCUUUUUUCCUGUUCAUGACAGAAAGGAAGUUAAAAGCCUCUUCAUGUGAUUGUUUUUUGGGGGGUUUGCAGUGUCUUGGUCUUGCUAGAAACUGGCAAUGAAAGUGUUUUGUACCUUGUGCUACUGGCUGGCGAAGGAGAAUAUUUAAAAAACAUGCUUGGCCAAAUGAACUUGAACCUUGACUGCCACACCUGAAGCCCUUGCAUUCUGUAGGACUCCAGCACUGUAAACAGCUUUAAUUUGAGCACACCAGACAGAGGAUUUGCUUUUGAUACAUACCUUCUUAUCUCCAUUUUUCCUGCUGUUCAACUUGUACCAUAUUGGUAGCUGUAUCAGUAUUUUCAGUCCAGAUGUUUGCAUCCCCUGUCCCUGUCUGGAUCUAUUUUCUGCUUUCUCAAGGUAGAAACAUUGGACAUUACUUGCACCUUGUCUCAUUAAGUAGUAUCUUCAGUAUGUGUCUGGAGCUUAUUUUUAUUUAUUUAUUUAUUUAUUAAUUAAAACAUUUCUAUGCCACCCCUUGCCGAAGCCUCGAGGCGGCUCACUACACAAAAUAAAAUACAAUAAAA